AUGACGAGCUCUGAGUCAGAAGAACAUGCGCAACAGUCGCGAAAACGCUCGCGCACAAGCAGUAGCGGUGACAACGGGUCUGGGAAGAAGACAAGGGGACGGCCCCGUGUGGAUACCCAGGAUGCCACGGCAGCGGAUCGGCGAAGAACGCAAAUUCGACUCGCACAGCGCGCAUACCGCCAGCGGAAAGAGACCACUAUCGCUUCAUUAAAAAAGCAAACAGCGCAGCUCCAUUCUAUCAUUGAGCAGAUGAACAACAGUUUUCAUCGGCUCACGGAAUCAACACUGAGAUCGGGCUUAUUACAGCUGAAUCCUGAUCUAGCCCAAGAAUUUAAACUCGUUAAAGAGACUUUUUCGAGUUUGGCCAGAACAGCGAGCGAGAGCCAGCGUCAAGUAGACGAGGAUGUCGAGCAAGGAGCUGAAGGGACAGGCCCGCGCAAACCGCCCGAGCCUGAACCUGAACCUGAGCAUGUUGGCUGGGGGUAUUUUGCUGUCUCGCAGCAGCCCAACAAGGAUCAGGCGCCACAAAACCUUCCAGUGCCAGACAGUUACUCUUCGCACUUCAGUACUAUAGUCGACCAAUCGGCUCCCAGCAUCAUCAGUCACAGUCAAUAUGUUCUUGGGGAGCAAUCGGGACAGACCCAUCACAUCUCACAGUCUGUGUCCGAAUCACUACCCGCUGGCAUGGUACCACAACAGGAAUUGCCGUUUGGCCUGGUUCCUGUCCAUGACCAACAACAGACACCGUACGAAACAUCAAACUUCCACACCUACCCCGCCAACAUGCCAGCGUCUGAUAUGGCUCCUGCAACGACCAACUUACCGACACCCUCUCUGUCGAUCUCAGAUCUGUCAAUGAAGACCCUGAGUCCCGUGUGGACAUAUAAUCAUAACGAAUCGACUGUGGGCAGGAGGUUGGCCAGAGCAGCAGUAGAGACAGGAUUCGCCGUGCUUACCCAUCUCAAUUAUUCACCCUCGAUUAUCAACUAUAUCUUUAGACUUAACUUUCCACACUAUAAUGUCGACCAAAUAAAGCAACGUUUCCAAGAAGUCAUGUCAAAGACGGUUGUUGAGGAUCUAGACUGGUUUGAGGCGCCUUUCGCCCCCCUUGGAGGUGCAGGGACCCACUAUCCGCGACGAGAUGCAGCAGGCAACAUUGUAUCAAGAAAGGAUUCCUGGGCACCAGAGUGGAUCGGGCCGAGAGAGAAGAGAUUGGAAGGGUGGGGGAAUGUAGAAGGCAGGGCAGCUCAGUACCUACGUGCGGUGGACCUUGCUGGUUUCGAAGGCGAAUGGUUUGAUGCCCAUGACGUGCAGGGAUAUCUGGAGGAGCACUAUGCGUGCAAGUUCAACCCCUCAAGUUCGUUUGCGGAGUGCCUGAUCGAUAUCGAAGACGAAGGUCCAACAAACUCGUACGCCAACAUGCCACAACAGGCACAAACAAACGUAGGAGCUACCCCGAACAAUGGGUUCGGCAUGGAUACGUCCUUUGGUGGCACCUCCGCGCCCAAGUAUGCGGGUGAUUUCACCCAGCUUGUCAACCACGACAUUUCCUUUGAUCAGACGCUAGGACUGGAUCUCGCGCCUGGAUUCGACUACGGCUUCGCGAAUAGCACAAGUUUUGGUACUGGGCCAGGGCUACGCGCCAUGGGCGAUGAUUUGAAGGGCCUGCAAGUGGUGAAGCAGAGGAAGAGAUGCGCGUGGAUUGACGUCUCGCGGCUGAUUUUCGAGAUAGUUCAACAUGCAGUUUGCCUUGGGCGUACGCCAGGAUUCAGGCGCAAAGACGUUGACCAGGCGGUACGGGAGGCUUUGAUCAAAGAGAGUUGA